GAACUAGUAUAGUGAAAUCGGGAGUGAGAGUCGCACGUGCUGAAGCAAGAUGGGACGGUCUCGCAUCGGUAUUAGAUAAAAGCAGAUAACGCGUUUAUAAAAAUCUAUAUAUAAUAUAGGAGUAUCUUCAGUUUUCUCUGAUGUGCUGUGUAGUGAACACGUAAACUUUGAACUCUCUUUGUGGUAGCAGAAAGAGGAGAGAAGAGGUUCCAUCCGUCCAUUCAUCUGGACAUGGACUAAAUAUAGUGAUCACAAAUCAAAAGCUAAGACAACUCAAUGACGGACUACAUGCUUCCAUACGAAGAGAGGCCUCUGACGAAGCGGCAGAAUUCGCUGAGCGCCCCGAAGAAGGAGAAGUUCAAAGGACCUUUCAGGGUCGUCAGGUUAUGCAUUUUAGGUAUCCUGGUGCCUUGCUUCCUGUUUUCGCUCACCCUGUACAUGAGAUACAGGGUCUACGUGGAGCAGAUGUAUCCUUUGGCCGUAUCUGAUAUGAGGAUGUUAGAUAACAGGAUCUCGACGACUUGGUGUCAAAGACAACUGGUCAAGACCAAUGCCACCUUCAACGCUUUCCUUCUACCAGAGUCUCCGACCAUCUCGAUGAAGAGCAAACCGAUGUCGAUGGUCAGACAUCUGAAUCUGGAGGACGACACCAAAGAGUACUGGGGUUUCUACCUUUUGCGCGGCUCCACGGUCACGCUCUCCAGCUGCGUGAGAUGGCCUGGGGCUUCACUUAUUGUAAUCAGAGGACACAAGCAUCUGCACGAAUGCGCGUACAUCGGUGACAAUUCCUCUGAAGAACUGGAUGAGAUGAUGGCUGCAAUCAGGGAAGGCACUUAUAAGUAUACGAAUAGUUCAUCCAUCGGACAACCACCGAACACACCGGACAUGAUGAAGAGGCAUCGCGAAGACGUGCAAUUCUAUCAUCCUUUACACGCGACGAACGGUACGAAUCACACGUUGGAAGGUGAAGAAUUGGAUACGACGGACGUCACGGAUCCCAAGUUGAUGAAGAAGAUCCUCGAGAUGCUGAAAGCCAAGACUCCACCGAAGAUGGUAGCAACGACAACGAAGAAACCGCACGCUCACGUCCACAGGAAUUCGACGAUAGCCAAAGACGAACUCGGUAAUUUGCAGAUUGAAAAUGCUGGUCCGAGGAACGGCACGGACUCGGAGGAAUUCGUGCACGACGUGUUGAGCAAACUGCACGGAUUGGGCAACAAAGGUGCCUCAAUCCUCGAUAAGUUGAACGAUAGAUUCAACGAUCGGAAAAACGUGCAAGAGAUGAACGACAACUCUUUGAAUCCAUCCGACCCUGUUCUCAGCAUCCGAGGAAGACAUUACCAGAAACCUGCGGUGCAAUUCGAUGAUAACAUCGACAGAGCCAGAAGGAGAAAACGUGAACUUAUCUUGGAAACAGCGGCCAUCCUCAACGAAGAUGAGGAAGAUAAAGAUUUAGCGCAAGAAGAGGGUUUCAUUCCUGAUGGUAUAGCUGAUCAUCACGCCACCCUCAACGAAACCACUCUAAACGAUAUGAGCAACAGCGAGUUUUGGUCCUCGUUCAGCUCCUCCGAAGAGGCUUUGCUCAAUUGCGCAGGUUUGAUCUUAAAUCUACCGUUAACACCUCACACGCAUUGCAGAAAAGACCUCUCGGAUCAGGAAAUCGAAGCCGCAUAUCUAGCAAAUAAAAUCACGUACAAAGUCCCGACGAACGGUUAUUACUUCUUCGUCUUCAACAGCGAAAACGAAGUGCAGACCAAUUACAUCCGCGUUAAUUUCCACAUCGAGAAGACAGUUUAUGAUGUUACAAAUCCUGUGGCGGAAUGCUCCAACAGCACCGAACAAUGCGCGAUGGAUUUGAAGUUCUUCUCCGACGAGAAACUGGUCAUGGAGUUGCCUAUAAAAGAUGAUCAGGAUCUGUGGAAUCAGGAGUACGUUGUGGUUUCGGUGUGCGAACCGAGGACCACCGUUUACGUUGUCUGCAUUCUCUCGGUUCCAAUUCUCGUCAUGCUCUUCGCAUUUCAGUGAUAUUUCCAGACAGUUUUCUUCGGGAGUGAUUUCAAAUGAUGGUUGUGAUUUUAAAUUUUAUA